CUCCCUUCGCCCAUGUUUCCCAUUGGCAAACAACAUUGAAGCCACCACGCCUUGAUACCCGUUACCAACUCACACGUCUGACUUAUACCGACCUGCCCUCUCUCCCAUCGCGAGAGGGCCGCGGUUAUGCCUCACCAUGAUCUAAAUGCUUUCACCUGGAUGGGCGAGCCGCUGUCCAACCCGCCCGACUGGGUCAACGGGGUGGAAUAUGAAGAGGUCACCCCCCUCGAGCUCACCUCCUGGCUGGUGGACAAGCUCCGGCAGAGCACGCAGCGCGACGUGGCCCGCCUGCUUGACGAAACGCAUAUCGUCCGCCGCCUCUUCUCGCCGAUAGAGGUCCAGAAGGGCUGGAGUUACGUCGACGCCGAGUGGGACAUAGACAAGCCCACCCAUGCUUUCGGCAUCGCCAUGUAUAUCUUUUGCAAGAACAAGGCGGGGGAGAAAUGCAACACCUGCAAGCACUCAGCGUCGAUUGGCCCGGCGGAGGAAUGUGUCGUCGACGAGGGCGGACGCGCCCAGAAGGCCUGUACGAACUGCUACUACAAGGGCCGCGGCGGGACAUGUUCUCGUCGUGUUGAGGCUGAGGCACAGGUUUUUGCCAAGAAGCGCAAGUUGGAACCCGAAGAGCGGCUCCCAGGCCUCCAGUAUACGCUGGCGGAAGUUCCCGAGGACGAACUGAACGACUGGGUUGACAUGGCCACCAAGGAGCUCCGGAUGCGCAGGCUCAUGAGGCAGUUCCCAGGCCUCAGCAGGUCGAUAUUAGAAAAAUACAGCCCAAUGGAUGGGGACUGGGAUCCUGGAGUUGUCGACGAGGAGCAGGGGCUACAAAGCACGAACCUCGAGGCCCCCGCCAGGAGGAGGAGGCGCCAGCGGGGCUGAGCAGCCGCAUUGGAAUAUGAUGGGCAAGCGAUCUCAGCCCAGACAAACAUAUGUAUUUCCUACUUGUUCGUGGUGAACUUCACGUUGUUGGCCAGGCAAGCGAACCCAGCCCGGCAAAGGCGCAGCGAAUCCGAGACGUACCAAAUCGUCCAAAGUAUACGCAUGGUUCUCCGUAGAUUUCCAGACAGAAGCAAUAAGAACUUCACGCAGAGA